GGUGGUUAUACAUGCAUUGUUGUAAUCUCACUAUACCGGAUUUAAUUUACAAUAAUGUUUUAUUAUUAUGAUUUAAUCUUAAAUUAUCCUUUCACAAAUUUCUUCAGUUUUUAAUACAUUUUUAGUUAAAUUUGAGAAAUCCAAAGUUAUAGAUGGCGCUGAGUCGUUUGUUGUGCGGUUGUUGGUUCGUUCGACCGACUGGGGCGACUAGAGGCGACAGAUAUUCGACAAGUAAGAUGGCGGCGAUUAAUGUGAAAGGCGAAACGUUGUACUAAAAUAACUUGUAAAUAAAGUAAACCGUACGUUACAAUACAAAAACUAUCACCAACAGUAAUGAGAAGUCAUGCUACACAUGUGUGUAUAAACUUACUUGUGGAUUAUAGUGUAUAAAUUCAAAUUUGAGUGGCUUUUCAUUUCACAAUAGACAAAACCCGUCGCAACGAGCACUCAUCAAAUACUCGAGGCCAUAUUUAUGAUGUUAUCUGGCGAGUGAGCGUCCUCGGAGAGCACAUUUAUAAAUGAUUGCAGAAAACGGAGGCAAUGGGCCAUUAUUUAUAUAUAUGAACAGAAAUCAGUUGGACAGGAGCUCAAGUGCAUAAGUUUCGUAAUAGUAAACACAACUGAUUGUUUACUGCAAAUUAUGGAUGAAAGUGUGGACUACUAUUGACAUUUUACAUACAUUGAUAAAAACACAACACGGAGGUGGUAAUGGAUCCAGUGGGACCAUGGUCAGCAUAUGCGUCAUACAACCGAUUAGCAGGGGUCCAAGCUGGUGCUGCAAGUGGGGACUUUCAUCACCACCUUGCAAGCGGUGGAUCAGGAUUAGGCAGCCAGUCAGUCCCAUCAACAACGAGUCAAUUACUACUCCAGGCAGCACACACAACAGCUUCAUUAGCAGGCCAACUUGGUUCAUCAACUGCAUCACCUUUCAAUCCUGGAGGAUUUUUAUCUCCACCAUCUGUAGGAUAUGAUGCAAUGUUUUCACCUCUUUUUCAUCAUGCCAAUCCAAAACCGGCCCAUUACAGUUCUUCAUUACAAGCACAACAUCGGCAAGUUAUAGCCCAAGCUCAAGCCGCUGUUGCCUCUAAACAAUCUUCAGUUGAAUCUGAACUUUCUUCGUUGAGAGAGAAUUACUCACAUCAGACACUUGCUGCACAGGGUGCAUCGUUUUUUGACCAAUCCUCAACCCCAGGAAGCACUACGGGAUUGAGUUGGCAAGGAAACAAUCAACUUCCAAGUCCGUUUGGAAUAUUACCACAUGAAAGUGUAGUGCCUUCAUCACCUAGCCCUGCAACAACAAAGGCAUCUUCAACUUAUGAGAAUUUUAAUGCACACUUUGCUGCAGCACAAACAAUCAAUAAUCAUCUCAAUUCACAAAUUUCUAGUACUGGUAAACAAGCAAAUAGGUCAGGAUCACCAGCAACUGCAACAAAACAGCCAGCAACAUCAACACCAUCAUCAACGUUUUUCCAAUCUCCGACUACAUUUGGAAAUCAGACUGAUAAUUCAUAUAGUACAAGCAGUGCUAAAAGUGGUCAACUAUCAUCACAGCAGGAUUAUGCUGGAAGUAAGUCCUAUUCAAGUUCUGCAAGUUCAACUGUCCAUUCUCAACAAUCGUGUAUAGUGUCAACUCCACCUAUAAGUUCUUCUCCUACACCACCUAGUAAAGACUAUAGACCCACAUCUAGCACCACUCCCAGGCCUUCAACCACUAUUUACAACUCCCAGCCUCCUAAGACAAGCGAAAAAACAUCUAGACAUAUUUCAAGUACUGGAAGCAGUAGUUUUGUUUCUCCAACUUCAAAGCCACCACAAGUUCAAACUAAAGCACAAAGCAAAAUAUAUCCAGAAAUAAAUAAUGAUCAAAGAAAAAGUUGUGAAUCUAGUGAAAAAAGUCAACCCCAGUCAUCACCAAUUAGUUAUUCGAUAAUGGAUGCACCAGGUAGAUUAAAUUAUAAUGGCAGCACUGGCAGUUCAUCAAAAUCUAGUAGAAUAAGUAAUUCUCAAUAUUCAUCUACACAAAGUUCAAGCUUUAGACAUUAUCAGAGUGGAAAUAAUGUUGAAUCAGAUUAUCAUGUUAGAGCUAAAAGUAGUUCUAGUACUGAUACUGGGUAUUCUAGUAGUAGUUCUCAGAAUGGUCCAGAUUGUGGUGUGGUAGUUGCCAGAAGGCAAAGCCCAUCACAUGCACCACCACAAUCGUCUCCAAUAGGUCAUGGAUCUAGUCCUGCUUAUCCCAUGUACCAUAGUCCUAUGAACUCUAUCAACUCACCACAACCACAUAAUGAUCACUAUAAUAAACUUGCUCCCCGAUCUCCAUUGGAUGCGUCGGUUGCGCGCCCUCCUUCACAGAAUAGUCAAGUUGCAUAUCCUUCAGUCAUUACAAGAGCUUUAGGUAUAGAACAAAAUAAAACAUACACAGAAAAUCGUUAUGACAGAAAUUCAAGUUCUGGUCAGGGUUGUUGGGAAAAUGAACGUCAAACUUCUAGAAAGUAUUCAAGCAGUAGUAAUAGUUAUAACAAUACAGAUAGCAAUAAUACUCCCAGUGAAGAAACAAGUAACCAAUCCCAAAAUCAACCUUCAAGUAGGAAUCUAAAUGAUAAACAUUAUUUUGAUAGCAAUAAUGUGGCUUUACAAGACUUGUCUAGUUGUAGAGGAGAUCCAAUGAGUAUAGUAAAAAAUUUGCAAAACUUACAACAAAGUUGUCAGUUGCAAGAUGUCAAAGCUACAAAAACUCAAACUCCUACAACAAUUACGACAUCAAAAUCAUCUGUGCAACGAAGAAAAAGUGCUGAUAAAGUAAUACAUCCAAAUGUUAAUGAAUUAUCUAAUGCUGUGAUGGCAGAUUAUUUAGCUAAUCGAAUUCCCCCUCCAGCACACAGCUCUACUACAAAUCAACAGCAAAAUGGUAGUUAUUUCGAUUUCGAAAGAUGGAAUCUCCCUCCUCCUCCUCCUAAAAUGUUUCCUGGAGCUUCAGCAUUUGGAUCCCAUGCUACUAAUUUCGCAAAUCAACAUCAAGCAUUAGCAAUGCCCCAUGGACAUGCUCUGACAUAUUUCCCACCUUUUCAUCUAGGUCCUCACCCUGAAUUCCAGUCCUCAGUGGAGUUAACACCAUUAUCGUCUUUUAGCGAAACUCCACCUUCGGCUUCCUCGUCAUCUUUUUCGACGCCAGAAACACGUGAAGAGGAACAGCCUAAGGUGGUAGUGCCUAAUAUAGAGGAAGAACUUGGUUUCCUUGCAGAACAACGAGCAAAUACUACAUCGUCGGUAGCACCCUCUUCACAGCAGCAGACCAUAAACAGCACUUCACAAGACGCUACUUCGAAAAUAAUGGAAAAAAAAUUCAGCGUUCCGGUCACGGGUCCUGGCUCAGGCUUCAUGGCUUCUUAUUUAAAAUUUUUGCAAGGAGAACGCGAUACUUCUCCCCCUCCGGCAGGAAGAGGCGCCAGGAAAUCUACGUGGUCAAGAACAAAUACAAAUAGCAACACUAGUAAUAAACCAUAUGGUCAGAAUGACCUUACUAAAAGUCCAUGUGAUUCCAGUGUCACACAACACAGUGCUAAUGGUGCAAUGCCGUCUUCAAAUGUAAUAAAUACAGGCAUGUCAUUAGGCAAUCAAGUAAUGAGCUCUUCUGCUAGUAUGAGCACAACCGGUUUGUUAGGUGCUAACCAGGUACAUAGUGGGUCAUCAAAUCUUCUGAACUCACAAGGAAAGGGAGUUGAGUUAGAUGAUCCUCGUUAUUACAAUUUAAAUAAAGAUCGGAAACGUAAAUACGAUGGAACUGAAGAAUCCGCUUAUGAUGCGGAAGAGGAAGCCCGCAGGUUAAAUAAGCCGGUGCUAAAUGUACCUAGUACGCCUUUAAAUGACAAAGCAAAGAAGGGUCGAACUACGCCGUUAAAUAAGCCGACUCCUUCAGCCGUAGUGGCGCCUCAGCCGGCCGCGCCCAAGAAGCCACGACCGCCUGCGCCGCCGCCCGUGGCCGCGCUGCAUCCUGCGCCACAACAACAAUACUAUUAUCAGCAUCAACCUGACGAAGUGUCUAGCCACGGAAGUAAUUUGGCCUAUGGAAUUUAUGGUGCAACCGACAGUGACAGUGCAAAUAGAAAAUUACAACAAAUGAAUAAGUCUCAUCAACAAGUGACGUCCACAACGGGUCAGAUGGACGGCACGAGGCCAUUGGAGGAAAUGCCGUAUCAGUCUGGUGAAUUCGUCGCGUUAAAAACUGAUUUAAAUGAUAUGUGGCCGGCGAUUUGGAGGGUCGACGGUAAAACCCUGUUACAAAAAUAUGAACCAUUUGAAGAAAACGGAAAAGUUUUAUAUCGCAAUAUAUCAACGUACACAGUGUGGAACCCAGAAAACAAGAAAUUGUAUACCCAAGUACCAGUAAAAGUAAGAUCACAGACACAUCUAGAAACAACUGUAGAAUUAAUAAGAAGUGAAAUGCCAUUCGACGAUUGCAAUUUCAUAGAGAAAAGAAUGUUGGAAACGCAAAUGUAUCAAGAGAACUUCGAAGUUUACAUCCAAACUUUAAUUUCUCAUGCCCUGGAUCCGAAUUUUUUAACAGAGAUAUUCCAAGAACAAGAUGAGUACUUCCUGUCGAACGUGAAGACAGUGGACGAGGUGACGGAGAGCAUGCGCGCGCGGGUGUCGGGCGCGGCGAGCGGGCGGGCGCUGGACGCGGCGCUGGCCACGUGGCCCAACCUCAGCGUCACGGCCGGCGCCGGCUCGUGCCGCGCGUGCGCUCGCCCCGCCGUCGCCACGCUGCUGCUCUUCGGACAGCCCUACAACCCCGCUACGCUAGACCCCGUCCAGCCCGACGCCAGACUCGCUUACGAGAAGGAAUUCCUUGUAUGUGCCACGUGCUGCGGCAGAGUACAGCUGUAUUCGAGGAUAUCCCAUCAAAAGUAUUUAAUGUAUGUAGAAUGUAGUAAACGAGUGGCUGAAAAACGAAUGCAAAACCCCAGUAAGGACACGACGGUUAUAUUAAACGAACUCUUGGCGGAUGAAGCUUGGCUCUCACAGUUAUUCCGGGACGUAAGGCAUUCGUGGGCUGAGGCGGAAUCCUGGGAACGUAAAAUGAGACACGCGAUGUCCCGACAAAUGAUAUAACACUAAUAAUAUGGUCGAUACAGGUGACCGGUUAAACUAUAAGGACAAUUUGGAAUUCGGUUUGAUAUUGUGACAAUACAUACAAAAAUGUAUGUAACCAAAUUUGAGUUUACUAAAAAGUUUAGCAUUUAUUAUGGUUCUCAAAUGACCUGGAGCAGGUUUUUAUAAUUUUAUACCAGUAACAUAUUGUCAAAUGAGUAUGGAUGGUAUUAAUCGUUUAAAUUGUGAUGUGUUUAGUUAAUUUUAAACACUCUUAGUGCCAAUCUUUGAUAAUUUUAGCGUUGGUUUUUUUUCCCUCUCAUUUCAUAAGAAAGUUCAUGUAUUCGAUUUUUUUUAAAAAGCGCCUUUUGUAAUAUACAAAAUUUUUUAACAAUGAAUUAUCAGCAAAGGAAGGGUGUGUAGGGCCAAAUCUGAAACUACAAGAAUUAGCGAAAAUUUUUCAAAAAACAUUUUGGUAAAAAUUAAACACAUUUUUUUAAUCUAUUGCUUUGUCGGUUAUUGUAUUGAAUAUUAUAUAAAAGAAACAUGCAAUCCAAAACGGCUGAAUUAAAUCAUUCUAAUUCACGAUUCUAUGAAUAUUAACAAUGACUUUUUAGAACAAUUUAAAUAAUUACUCGCAUGAUCAUUUAAAAUGUCAAUCAAAUUGAGUUAUCUUCGUUAUGUUUAGUGAUACCCCUAAACAUAUUUCGCUCUCUUGUAGUUACAGGGUCACCCACCGUUUACCCUUAGAAAAAUAUCUCCUGUGUACAGGGUGUAAGAUUACCGUUCUCGAAGCCGACCGGGGAUUUAUUUUACUGCUUUACAUACGUAUGCGAGAAAUGAUAUAAAUUUACAGGUAAGCAUUUAUGCUUGUCGCUUUAGUAAAUUCUUAUUAAAUGAAUCUGUAAUAUAACGCGAAGGCAGCUGUCAGACGCUCCCCAAAUCCCUGGGCUCGACCAGGGACCGAGUUACAAACUUUCAUUGGUACCAUAGAUUCGGGGAAAUCGGGACCCUUUCCAAAUCCAAAACAAAUUUUCAAUGGUUUUUCUUAGGGUAAUACCAAUUGAUAUUAAAAUGGUUCCGGAGGCUUAAAUUUUUAUAUACAUCAUCAUCAUCAUCAUCUUAGGCCUUACAGCCCAGGGUGGGCCUUAGCCUGGUCCAAUAUGUCUCUCCAGACUGCUCUGUUCAGGGCUUUCUCCUUCCAGUUCUUGACGCCGAUAUUUUUGAGGUCGCGCUCCACGCCAUCCAACCAUCGGAGUUUGGGUCUGCAACGACUUCUGCGGCCCUCUGGUUUGCCAUAGAGCAAUUGUCUCGGCAUUCUGGUACUCUCCAUUCGAACCACAUGUCCUGCCCAUCGUAGGCGUCCAAUCUUUAUAGUUGUUAUGAUGUUAGGAUCUUUGUAAACAUCAUACAACUCGUGGUUAUAGCGCGUCCUCCAUAUCUCGUUUUCCUACACAGCACCGAAUAUCCGUCUUAGAAUCUUACGCUCGAACACAAGUAGACGGUUCUCAUCUUUUUUGCUGAGUACCCAUGUCUCUGAGCCAUAAAUAAGAAUUUUUAUAUACGAUGCGUUAUUAUACAUAGUUCAUUACAAAAUAUACACAAAAGCUGAAAAAAUUAGUUUGACUCAAUUUACCUUGGCUUUGGGGUGAAUCAGGUUACGUAUGGGCACAAUAGUUUUUCGAUAGGGCUGGCACUAUUUAGUUGUUAGGUAGGUACCUUACUUUAGGUAAUUAACUUUUAAUACCUUUAAUGAGUUACAAAACUUUGAUGACUAAAUUAAACUAUUUAAUAUUCUUAAACACUAAAUAAAAGUCAUUUUCAGUUCAACAAAGUUAAAUCUAACAACUAAACAAAAGUAUGGUGACAUCCCAGAUUUGUUCCUAUUCUAACUCUAUUCUCUAUUCCCCCCAAUCUACUGUACAUUGCGUACAGUGCCAAAACACCAGAAAAACAUUUUUUCAAUCGCAAUUUGUGUUACGGUGUUAAUAAUCACUGUCUUCAUUUUUAGAGAAUUGUUUUCUUACACCUGGUAUGAAAGUAACUUUUAAUUUUUUUUAUGGAACAAAUGUAACCUUGCCGAAUUUAUUAAGCGCUGACGUGAUUUAUAAAAACAAAUGAGAAUUGUUUUAUCUAAAGUUAAUGGCACAGGAGUGGCAAAAAUCUCACAUUAUAUUACUUUUAGGUUCUAGAAUAAUUUGCGAAAUCGGGGCAAUAAUGUAAUUAAACAUAUUUCUUAAGUCUCCAACUCUACAUCACUAGGAACAGCAAAAAGAAAAUAAAUGGAAGUAAAGCGACUAAUGAACAAUUAAUUUUAUACUCGUCGGUCUAAACUUUCCAAUAUAAUAUGGGGCAAUCUGUUGCUGUGAUAAGUAAUUUGUUACUUUGAUAUAUAUUAAAAUCAGUGUAACAUUCCGAAUAUAAGUCUAUAAUUUCACUUUUGUUUUGUUAAUUGGCAGUCUGCCCUUAUAAAUGAACAAAUGCGACGAUAUUAUAUUUCUACUAUAGUUAAGUAGAGUGUAAGGAGAUAUUUUGUAUAAUUGCAUUAGGUUGUAUAGGUUACUACAAAAUUUUAGUUUAUUUUUAUUUUAAGAAAGUAUAGUGUUAAGUUGCGUUGUAAAAUAAUAGAUUCUGUCUGGUAAAGUUUACAAAAUUUAACUUUAUUUAUUUUGUUCAGGAUUCAACAGAUCUAUUCGUUUUAAUCCUCUUUUUUGUUAUAAGUUAAAACGUACAUAACAAAUGGAAAUUUAUCAAAUAAAAUAUUGUACUACAUA